CAGUAGAAAAAGGUCGAAGAACAAACCUGAGUGUUGAAUGUUUUUCAUUUUUUUAUUCAUUUUUUGGAUGCCAUUUUUUAGUAUGCAAUUUUUGUGAUUCGGUCGUAAAAGUGAACAAUCAUAAAAAUAAUUGAUGCCCAAGAAAAUUGUUUACACAUAACCCAACUUAUGAGCGUAUGCGAUGAGUGCACAUUUUUUGCAAAGACACGUGGUUUGCAUUUGAUUGAAGCACUUUUUAUCAUUAUCGAGAUAUUAAAAUAGUUAUUUUAAAUGUUGACUAUUGAUUUUUGAUAUUGUCUUUUCGGUAUCAACAGAUAAUGAACCCAUUCAAAGGUGUUCCUGGCGGACGCAGCAAGCGCAAGUCAACGUUGGCAAAGGUUGAAGUCAAGCAAGAGCCUGGUAUUAAAGAAGAGCCCAACGACGGUAAUGAUGUCAUGAACAUAACACGUUCGAGAGUUCAUGGAAGAUAUCGGGUGAAUUACGAUGGACCGGUCAACUUUAACGAUGAUUUCGAUGAAGUAAAAGAUGAAAUCAAAUGCGAAGAAGAAGAGACGCGCAAAGAUAAGGACUCGACACCAUGUGAACGAUCGAAUAAAAGCGCUGUCACCAACCAUGGUGACAACGAAGAGCCUAUGGGUUACGCAAUCGAUGUUCAAUCACCAAAACCACUUGGCAGCGGAAACAAACGCAAGGGAAGUGCGAAAAAGCAGAAAAAACGAGCCAUUCCCAGGAAUGAAGCGGCCAAAAAGCAAAAGAAGCACAAAUGCCAUGUGUGUAAUCAUGUGGCAGUUCGAAAGUCUCAUCUCAUAUUACACAUGCGAAUUCACACUGGAGAAAAGCCGUAUCAGUGUGAUGUUUGUUCGAAGUCCUUUGCACAAAAAGGUGCUUUGGACAGUCAUAAGAAAACGCACGGCCAAUUCCGUUGUUCAAAAUGCAAUCAAGGAUUUGAACAAGAAUCAGUCAAGACUGAUCAUGAAAGGCUAUGUAAUCCCCAGCAAUUCGAAUGUGAAACUUGUGGAUAUAGAACGAUCUACAAACCAAAUUUGGAAAGACAUAUGCGGAUUCACACCGGAGCAAAGCCGUUCGUGUGCUCAGUUUGUUUCAAGUUGUUUUCAAACAACUCUGAUCUUCAUAGGCAUUCAAUGACUCACAAAGAUGAACUGCCGAAUGCUUGUUCGAAAUGUGGUCGACGAUUUGCCACUCCAGACGAUAAGCAAUCACACGAAACGCACUGCCAACGAAGUCUUUUUGCAUGUAAUCAGUGUAAUUACAAAACUGUCUACAAGGCUCAAUUGAAGCGGCACAUGCAAGGAAAACACGGAGCCAGAGGAUCGAUCGAAUGUGAAAUUUGCAACAAGAAGUUCGUCGAACGUAUUGUUUUAAAUCGGCAUUUGUCAUCAGCACACAGCGACCAGUUCCCGUUCCAAUGCUCCAAGUGCUUUGCAGGAUUCGUAAUCGAAGAUGCAAAAGAGGUUCAUGAAGAUAGCUGGGUCACCGCCAGUAUCAAUGCUAUUUGUGCAAAGAGCAUCGCCGAGACAAACAACAUUUGA